GUGGAAACAUGCUGCGCAUCAUCGUCCUCAUGAGUUCAGCUUCAGGAGCGACGCAGUGCAGGAACGCAUCUACUGCACUAACCUACAAACCAACACAUCCGAGAGCAGAACAGCCUAGCCAACGGAUGUUUGAAGUACACAGUGAUGGUUUCCUAAUUUACAUUCAUUUUUUGAACGUUUAACAAUUUUUUUGCUCAUUUAAAAAAAAAAUCCGUUACCGGAGUUUGCUUAAGGCUGAAUUCAACAAUAAUACAUGCGCUCGUGCGUCCGAGCACGCGACCGCUCUCACUAUCCGGCGCGCGCUGCGACAAAUCGCCACAUGCACUGAUGGGGAUCCCGCAAAAGCAGCAGCUCGCUUGAACUGUGUUUUUUCAGUCACUCGCUUCCAAUUUUCAGUCACUCGCUUCCGACUGUUUCUGCCUGUACGUAACUGUUUUAAUUUGGCAUUUUACCAUCUCUCGAUUCUUCUUGAGUGAGACACUCCGAAACAGCUGAGAGAAAGAUGUCUGCUGCGGAUGAUGCCAAUCCGGCAGGUGCUCCAGGUGGCCCUGGAGGAGCUGGUGCUCCUGCUCCCCCUCCAAACACCACCAGCAACCGCAGAUUACAGCAAACACAAGCACAAGUGGAGGAGGUGGUGGAUAUCAUGCGUGUGAAUGUGGAUAAAGUGCUGGAGAGAGACCAGAAGCUGUCGGAGCUGGACGACAGAGCAGAUGCUCUACAGGCUGGGGCUUCACAAUUCGAAAGCUGUGCUGCCAAACUCAAGAACAAGUACUGGUGGAAGAACUGCAAGAUGAUGAUUAUUAUGGGGGUCAUCGGAGUCCUUUUCGUUGGAAUCAUUUUCUUGUAUUUCUUCUCUUGAACGGAUGACGAGUGAACAGUCGUGUGCUCCACCUCCAGUAGUUCCCAGAUCCUCCUCUCUUCAAUCUCAGUCUCUCUCAUUUAGUCAUUUUGCACAGUAGAAUGUUGAUAUCCAGAAUGAGAACACUUCACAUGCUCUCUAUCUACAUCCGCCCUCCCUCUCAAAAUCUCCUGCAUUAUUUACAUGCAGAUGUUCAUACACGAAUGCACAAAGCGAAUGAGAGAGUAAGAAAAAUAGACUAAGAAUAAGUGGGAGAGGCUAAGGAAAAAAAGAGAACAUUUUCUUUGGAGAAGCAUACAAUACCAUUCAAAGGCAGCAAUCAGUUAAUCAACAAAAACAGCUUUUUAUAUAUAUAUACU